ACACAGUCCAGUGCGGUGGUUCGACCUGAAGAGUGGCUUGCUUGGCUUUCAGCAUGAAUUCGGACACGGACUCGGGCUCUGAGCGUGAGAAGAGCAGCGAUCCCAACGAGGGUUUGCUCAGCAGCGAUGACAAGACUUUUCACGACGACGAUGAUGAGGGGGAGGAUGAGGAGGAUGAUUCCUCGCCAGCCGAUGAUGAGGCAGAACCGGAGGAGGAAGAGUCCCUGCUGCCAGUGCAGAAGCAGAAGGAGGAGCAGGUGGAUAGACGCAUAGACACAGCCCCAGCCCCAGCCCCAGGCCCAGGCCCAGUGGUUGUCUUGCUGCAAACUGCUGAGGAAGCCAUAGAAAUGCCAGAACAAAUCGAUGUGAAAGUCGCUGAAGCCUCAACCAUAGCAUCAGCAUUGGUGUGCGAGGAGCAGCCUGGAGUUGUGCUGCAGAGUGCGGAACUGGAACCAGAACUGGAGCUGGUGGAACAGGAAGAGGAACAGACGCCCCUUAAGUGUCCUUCCUCGCUGCGAGACAGUGUACGCGAGUCGAUCGAAUGCUUCUACUCGGCCCAGGAUCUGCUCGAGUACGGCCACAUGCUCUCCUCGACGGCCGCCGAGCAACGGACACCGGACGUGGAGUCCGGCUAUUUUGAGAAAUCCGAGAGCGAUGCCUCGCGCGACGAGUGGGAGGCGUCACCCAGCGCAGGUGCCGCCCGCUCCCGCCUUCUGCUGUCCGCCUCGCCCUCCUCCACCAGUCGCAACAGCUCCGACAGCCUGCGCAUGGAGCUGAGUCGUUUCCGGGCCAUGAUCGAGACCCUGGAGCGAGAGAGCCUGGCAAAGUCGCAGUCCGAGCAGCAGUUGCAUCAGCAGCAGGCCGACGCCGCCGCCGCCGCCGCCGCCACACCAAAGAAGGCCAAGCCCAAGCCAAAGCAGCGCUCCUCUCAGCCGGCGGGACCGCCCGGCCUGGCAGCAGAGCAGCGGGGCUUCUGGUCAACGGUGUUUGGCGAGGCCGGACUGGAGCUGGGGCAAAGCCAGGAGGAAGACGAACGCAUUGCGGAUAUACAAAAAGCUCAUCGCGCUCUGGAACUGCUCGAGGACUACCAUGCCCGACUCUCCGAGCCGCAGGAUCGAGCGCUGCGUAUUGCAAUCGAACGCGUUAUUCGCAUAUUUAAGUCUCGCUUGUUUCAAGCGCUGUUAGAUAUACAAGAAUUCUAUGAAUUGACCUUAUUGGAUGACUCAAAGAGCAUACAGCAAAAGACAGCAGAGACCUUGCAGAUAGCCACCAAAUGGGAGAAGGAUGGUCAGGCCGUUAAGAUAGCCGAUUUUAUAAAGACAACAACAACAAAUUUAAAUCGCAAUUGCGUCUAUGAGUUUACCAACGAUGCAUCAUCCAAUCAGACAAAUCAAUCAGCACUCAAUCAAAAUCAAAUUGUGAAUAAUAUCAAUACAAAUGCCCAAGCGCAUGCCGAGGCACUCAGCAGAACAUUUAAAAAUGAAUUGGAAGAGAUUUUGAACCAGCGCAUGCGCAUUGAAUCGGACACGGAGAAUGGCAAGGAUUUGCCGGCCGAGAAUCAACAGCAGGUGCGCAGCUCUCGAUCUCCCCAGCAGCAGCAGCAACAGCAACAGCAGCAGCUACCGCAGUCACAGUCCACGACAUCGGCCAGGAGCGGGUCCCAGACCCUACACAGGGCGUCAUCGGCAAAGGUGAAUGGCGACGAUAGCUGGCUGUACGAGGAUAUACAAUUGGAGCGUGGCAACUCUGGUCUGGGCUUCUCCAUUGCCGGCGGCACAGACAAUCCGCACAUUGGCACGGACACAUCGAUAUACAUCACCAAGCUGAUAUCCGGCGGUGCAGCAGCCGCCGAUGGUCGCUUGAGCAUCAACGACAUCAUUGUCUCUGUGAACGAUGUCUCAGUGGUGGAUGUGCCACACGCCUCGGCCGUGGAGGCGCUCAAAAGGGCUGGCAAUGCGGUCAAAUUGCAUGUUAAACGAAAACGUGGAACAGCCACAGCCACAGCGGCCACAUCUCCAGCAGGAGCCGGAGCCGGAGCCACCGCUGGUGAUGUCCGUGACAGUGGUUCAGCGGGCGGGUCAAAGGUGAUUGAAAUCGAUCUGGUCAAGGGCGGCAAGGGUCUGGGCUUCUCCAUAGCCGGUGGCAUUGGUAAUCAGCAUAUACCGGGCGACAAUGGCAUCUAUGUGACGAAGCUAAUGGACGGCGGUGCGGCUCAAGUGGAUGGACGUCUCUCCAUAGGCGAUAAGCUAAUAGCAGUGCGCACCAAUGGGAGCGAAAAGAACCUGGAGAAUGUAACGCACGAACUGGCGGUGGCCACAUUGAAAUCCAUCACGGAUAAAGUGACGCUAAUUGUGGGAAAGACGCAGCAUUUGACCAGCAGUGCUUCGCAGUCUGGAGGAUCCACAACGGGAGUGGCAGCAGGAGCAGCAGCAGCAGCAGCAACAGCAACAGCGGGAGCUGCUGGUGCAGGAGGAUUACAGCAACAGCAACAGCAGCUAUCACAGUCACAAUCCCAGCUGGCGACGAGCCAAAGCCAAAGCCAAGUGAAGGAGCAGCAGCAACAAGUGAACUCUCAGUCGACAGGUGCGCUUACAAGUGUUGGACAAACGGUUGUUGAUUCACCAACAGCAGUAGCAGCAGCAGCAGCAGCAGCAUCACUACCAUCAGUCCCACCAGCAUCAGUAAAUGUCUCAGCAUCAGCCACAGCCACAGCAUCAGUCAUUGCAACCACCACAACAAGUACCACAAUCAACAACAGCAACAGCAACCACACCACAAGCAACACCACAAGCAACAACAGUAGCAAUUUAAGCAGCAGCUUAGGCAAUGCCAAUAGCCACAGUCACAGCUACAGUCACAACAAUACGAAUAAUAACAAUAAUAAUAAUAAUAAUAAUAAUACAAUCAACAGCAGCAGUGGCAGUGGCAGUGGUAGUGGCAGUGGCAAUGGCAGCCAGACAUCAGUUGCAGUUGCAGCAACAAAUGCUUCUGCUUCUGCAUCUGCAUCUGCCUGUGGCCCAGCCUCCUCCUUCUAUAAGAAUGCUAUGCCAAUGCUUGUUAAUAACGCUGAACAAUCCAACACAAUACGUUCCCAAUCACCACCGCCCCUGCCGCGCCAGCCCGGCUCGAGAUAUGCUUCCACGAAUGUACUGGCCGCUGUCCCACCUGGCACACCGCGCGCCGUCAGCACCGAGGAUAUAACCAGAGAACCGCGCACCAUCACCAUACAGAAGGGUCCACAGGGACUGGGCUUCAAUAUUGUUGGCGGCGAGGAUGGCCAAGGGAUCUAUGUGUCGUUUAUACUGGCCGGCGGGCCAGCGGAUCUGGGCUCUGAGCUGAAGCGUGGCGAUCAGCUGCUCAGCGUCAACAAUGCCAAUCUGACGCAUGCCACGCACGAGGAGGCCGCCCAGGCGCUUAAAACAUCUGGCGGCGUUGUCACCUUGGUGGCACAGUACCGACCCGAGGAGUAUAAUCGCUUUGAGGCUCGCAUUCAGGAGCUGAAACAGCAAGCCGCUCUCGGGGCUGGUGGCUCGGGCACUUUGCUGCGCACCACACAGAAGCGUUCGCUAUAUGUUCGGGCCCUGUUCGACUACGAUCCGAAUCGGGACGAUGGUUUGCCCUCGCGGGGAUUGCCCUUUAAGCAUGGCGACAUCCUGCACGUGACGAAUGCCUCCGACGAUGAGUGGUGGCAGGCGCGACGCGUUUUGGGCGACAAUGAGGACGAACAAAUCGGUAUUGUGCCAUCGAAGAGGCGCUGGGAGCGCAAAAUGCGGGCACGGGAUCGUAGCGUCAAGUUCCAGGGACAUGCGGCGGCCAAUAACAAUCUAGAUAAGCAAUCGACACUGGAUCGAAAGAAAAAGAAUUUCACAUUCUCGCGCAAAUUUCCGUUUAUGAAGAGUCGCGAUGAGAAGAAUGAAGAUGGCAGCGACCAAGAGCUCAAUGGAGUUGUGAGCAGCACCAGCGAGAUAGACAUAAACAGUGUCAACAACAAUCAGGCCAAUGAACCGCAACCUUUUAUGCUUUGCUACACACAAGACGAUGCCAAUGCUGAAGGAGCCUCCGAGGAGAAUGUACUGUCGUACGAGGCCGUGCAGCGUUUAUCCAUCAGCUAUACGCGUCCCGUCAUCAUACUGGGACCCCUGAAGGAUCGCAUCAACGAUGAUCUAAUAUCUGAAUAUCCCGAGAAGUUUGGAUCUUGUGUGCCACACACCACGCGACCCAAACGCGAAUACGAGGUGGAUGGACGUGACUAUCACUUUGUCUCCUCGCGCGAGCAAAUGGAGCGCGACAUACAGAACCAUCUGUUCAUCGAGGCGGGCCAGUACAAUGAUAAUCUGUAUGGCACCUCGGUGGCCAGUGUACGCGAGGUGGCAGAGAAGGGCAAACACUGUAUUCUGGAUGUAUCGGGUAAUGCCAUCAAGCGGCUGCAGGUGGCCCAACUCUAUCCGGUUGCCGUUUUCAUCAAACCCAAAUCGGUGGACUCUGUGAUGGAGAUGAACCGUCGCAUGACCGAGGAACAGGCCAAGAAGACUUAUGAGCGUGCGAUUAAAAUGGAGCAGGAGUUUGGCGAAUACUUUACGGGCGUUGUCCAAGGCGAUACCAUUGAGGAGAUAUAUAGCAAAGUGAAGUCAAUGAUUUGGUCUCAGUCGGGACCAACCAUUUGGGUACCUUCCAAGGAAUCUCUAUGACCAACAGCCACAACAACAUGGACACUGCCGCCUCGAGUACGUUGUCGACCAGUCUCGAGAACAACAAAUACAGCAACAACAAAUCAACCGCAACAGAAAACGCCGCACUGAUGAUUAUGCAUCACAAAAUAAUUAACAAAAACGAAUACAAACGACGACAACACAAAAAACAGGACACACACACACACACUCAAACGAACGACUUAUUACACUUGACGAUUGACUUAAGAACAACAACAAACAACAACAAAAACAACAAACAACAACAACAAAAUUGACGCAGCCGCAGCAGCCAACUUAAUGUAGCAAAAAUAAAACAAAAAAAAAAUGUCCAAAAUAUGUAUUUGGAUGGUUAGAUAGAUGUACGCCGCUUAGUGGAACGUACAUAUGUUUAAGUGGAGGAGGAACAUCAGAGCAAAGCAUUUGGCAUCGUGUAGCGAGCAGGAGAAAAGAACAGAGCAAAGCAAAGCAGACAGCACAGUGACGACAGGCCCCAUGGACGGAUUAUAGAUGAUGACGAUGUUCAACUGAAGCGGACAAAGGUGUAUAGUUUUUAGUUAGAACAAAGUUUGGAGAAAGGUUAAGGAGAAACAAAGCGAAAUAUAAUAUAUAUAUAUAUAUACACACACACAAACAAACAAACACUUAUAUAUUAAGAUCUGAUUAUGAUGGCAUAAAACAGAGAGCAGAUGGCAGAUGGAUAGCUGGAGAGCAUUAGCAGAAGGCAGAAGGUAGUAGAAGGCGGAUGGCAGAUGGCAGAUGGCAGGAUGCAGAAAUCGAUAAGCAAAUGCUUAGAAACGUUCGUUAAGCGCUAGAAUGUUGUUUGUUUUAUGUUGAUGUUUAUAUACGAGAGCCAAGAGUUAUAGCGAGUUAGUUAUGUUGAAGAAUAAUGUGUUUUUUGAUAUAUAUAAAUAUAUAUAUAUACAUAUACAUACAUGCAUGUGCAGCACAUAGUACAUAUGUACGGCACCCAUGAUAAUGAUGAUGAUGAUGAUGAUUAUGCAAUGAAUUGUAUAAUUGUAAUUUAAGUACGACAGUGUUUAAUAGCUGACGGUAGGGGGUUGAUUGACAAUGAUUCAAAGUAGCCUGUAGAAUUGUACAUCUGGAGUUACACAUCUGGAAUACACACGUACAUCUACACGGUUGCGCUUACAGUUACAGUUGAACGAUUUACGGUCGUACGAUUACUGUAGUCGGGUAACGGUACUGACGUUAACGGUCUACGAUUUACGAUUUACGAUUAACGAUUAACGAUUAUGAUACGGAUGAAUAUGAUUAUGGAUAAUGAUUAUUGAAUAUGAUGAAAGGAUGAAACACGUUGGUGCAUUUGUUGUUAGAUGUAUGUAAUUUUUCCCACUCGCCUUUGCCUACAAGCAACACAAAAAAAAAAACAAAACAAAACACUAUAUAAACGAAAACAAAAACAAAA